AUGGCCUUAAAAAGUAUAAACAUUAGCGGGAAUUUCGAUUGGUGCCCGUUUGAAGAAUACAAAAAUUACCUGAUAUGUUUCAACUCACAUAAUUUACUGUACUCAAAUAAUGGAAAUUUAAAUAAUUAUACAUAUUUACUUGAUAUAAAUUUGAAUAGCGAUCUUAGAACUUUAGAUAUUGUACAUAAAUUAAAUUUCGAGGAGGCAUUAAAAAGAGGAAAAGGUAAAUCAAGUAAAAAAAGUAGUAAUGAAUAUGUAACAAGUUUUGAAUGGAUUAAUUGUAAUAAUUUUGUUGAAAGUGAAAAUGAGAGUGGAUUAAGUAAAGGUAUAAUAGUAGGUGGGUUAACAAAUGGAAAUCUAGUUUUAUUAAAUGCUCAGAAUUUAUUUGAUACAAAAGAUGGAGUAAAUUAUGAUAAUUUUAUUUUGAGUCAAGCAAAUUUACAUGAAAGUGGUAUAAACUGUUUAGAAUGUAAUAAACAUAAAAAUAAUUUAAUAGCAACAGGGGGGAACGAUGGACAAUUAUUUAUUACUGAUAUUGAAAAUAUAUUUUCACCAACUUCUUAUGAUCCAUAUUUAGAUAAAAAUAAUUUACAGAAAAUAACAUGUUUAAAUUGGAAUAAAAAAGUAUCUCAUAUUUUAGCUACUUCAUCUAAUAAUGGAAAUACAAUUAUAUGGGAUUUAAAAAUAAAAAAAUCGGCAGUUAGUUUUAGGGACCCACACAGUAGAACUAAGACAUCCUCAUUAUGUUGGUUAGAAAAUCAGCCAACUCAAAUUUUAAUUUCUUAUGACGAUGAUAAAAAUCCAUGUUUACAAUUAUGGGAUUUAAGAAAUUCUAAUUAUCCGAUAAAAGAAAUAAUAGGACAUUCAAAAGGUAUUAACAAUAUAUGUUUUAGUAGUGUAGAUUCUAAUUUAUUACUAUCAUCAGGGAAAGAUGUAACAAAAUGUUGGUAUUUAAAUUCAAAUAAUUUUGAUAUAUAUAAUGAAGUAAAUAAUUCAGCAAAUAAUAUCUAUUCUAAAUGGUCACCAUUUAUUCCAGAUAUGUUUGCAUCCUCUACAAAUGUAGAUACUAUACAAAUAAAUAGUAUAAAUAAUGGAAGUAAAAUGACAAGUAAAUAUAUACCUAAUUUUUAUAAAAAAGAUGCAUCUAUAUGUUUUGGGUUUGGUGGAAAAAUAUGUCUUUUUGACAACAUAAAGAGUGAUACUACACAUUUAUCUGCAUCUGAAAAUGCUAUAAAUAAAAGCAUGAGUUCUAUGAGUCAAUCGAAUCAAGGUAGUAUCGAUGAAACAAACAUGCAAGUUAAUAAAAAUAAAGGAUUACAAAAUGAAGAUGGAAAUAAUAAUAGUCAAUAUAUGAUAAAAUGUCAUAUUUAUCCAACAGAAGUAGAUUUAAUAGAGGAAGCAGAUAAAUUUGAAAAAUAUAUAGAAUGUGGGAAAUAUCAAGAGUUUUGUGAAAAUAAAAUAGCUAAAUGUGAUGACUAUCAUGAAAAAUUAACCUGGAAAAUUUUACAAUUAUUAUGUGUAUCUCAAAAAGAAGAAAUUGUUAAACAUAUAGGAUAUGAUAUGAAUGAAAUAAAUCAAAAGAUUAUUGAAAAUAUUGGUGAAGAAUCUGGAUUUAUAUUUAAAAAAUAUAAAAACGAAAUUAAUGAGCAUAUAAAUGGUAGUGGUAAUGUUACAUCUAAUAAUUUAGAAAUGGAUUCUGAUAUAAAUAAUAAACAUGACAAUACAAGAAUGAGCAAUUUAAGUAAUGGAGAAAAUAUUCCUGGAUAUCCAAAUUAUGGAAAUAAUAUGCAUAACGAAUAUGGAACUUCUCAGAUGCAAGAAAAUGAAUCAAAUUUUAAUGAAUCAUUUGAUUUAGAUCCAGAAAAGUUUUUUAGAGAAUUGGGAGAAAAAAAUGAAAUUGAAAAGAAUCAAGAAAAUGAAUUAUCUAAAGAUAAAAAUGGAAAAGAAGGUUUGACGGGUUCUGGAAAUAAAUUAAAUAAUUCUGAUUUGAAUACAAAAGAUGCGGUAAAUACAACUAAAGGUCAAACAUCAGAAAAUGGUCUUGUUGAAAUAAAUGACGAUAGCAAACCAAGUAGUAAUAAAACAAAUAGUAAUAAUUGGAAUAGUGGAAUAGAAUCUAUUAUAAAAGAAUGUUUACUUGUUGGUAAUAUAGAAGCAGCAGUAGAAUUAUGUUUAUAUCAAAAUAGAAUGGCAGAUGCAUUAUUAUUAUCCUCUUUUGGUGGUGAAAAUUUAUGGCAUAAAACAAAAAAUAUAUAUAUAAAAAAACAAAAUGAUAGUUUUUUAAGAAAUAUUAAUUAUGUAUUAGAUGAUAAGUUAGAACAUUUAGUAAAGACAAUUGAUUUAUCAUCAUGGGAUGAAGCUUUAUCUAUUUUAUGUACAUAUGCUAUUAAUAAUCCAAAUUUUAAUAAUUUAUGUGAAAUAUUAGCAAAAAGAUUACAAAAUGAAAAAUUUGAUGUUAGAUCUGCAUCUAUUUGUUAUUUAUGUGCAUCUAAUUUUCCUGAAACAGUUGAAAUAUGGGAUAGUAUGCCAUCAUCUAAAUCUACUUUAUUAAAUGCUUUACAAGAUAUUGUUGAAAAAAUUACAGUUCUCAAAAUGGUUAUAAAAUAUAAUAAAUCUAAUUCAACAAUGAAUCAGAAAAUAAAUCAGUAUGCAGAACUUUUAGCAAAUUCAGGACGACUUAAAGCAGCUAUGACAUUUUUAUCAUUUAUAGAUGACGAUAAAACAAUGGAAAGUCUUACUUUACGAGAUCGAAUAUUUAAUAGUGCUACUCAUGUAAUGCCUCCUCAUAUAAAACCUCCACCAUCACCUUUUCAAUAUUUUGACAUUAAACCAUAUGGUGUACCAGAUAAAUAUAAUAAUAUGAUGAAUCCCAAUGCUCAUGGUAUUUAUAAUAAACCUCAAGGUUAUCCAAAUAAAAGUAUAACAUCUAUUGUUCCUCCUCUUUCAAUGUCUGACAUGCAUAAACCCCAUGGUCCCCCUGGACCUAUGCCUCCAUUUGGCCAUACUCCUCCUCCAAAAUUUAAUACUCAAAUUAUUGGUGGUCCACCUGAUGCUUCUAGAUUACCACCACAAAAAGAUUUCAUGGGUUCUACAGAUUCUGCAUCUAAUAGAGGAUAUGGUACAUCUAACUUUGGAAGUAAUGUAAAAUAUCCUCCUCCUCCAACAGGCUCCUUAUACAUACCUCCACCAAAUAUACCAUCCCGUUCAACAACUCCAAUUAAUCCUUCAUCUUCUCCAUAUGCUUCAGUACCAAAUUUAUCACAUCUAUCAUCCCAUCAAAAUUUAAAAUUAGAACAUGAUAAUAAAAUUGGAGGGCCACCUAUGUUUGAAUCUCAAUCUUAUUCAAAUGUCAAUAAAGCAAUGCAAAAUAGUGUGGUUCCACCACCUUUAUCUGUAGCACCACCACCAAUAUCUAAUCAAAUUCCAGGUGCUCCUCGAACAAGCUUUUCAGCGUCACAAAAUAAUAUUCCUCCCCCAUUCCCUCAAAGAAAUAUGCAUGGAUCAGUUUCAACACCAAUGGGAAAUCCAAUUCAACCAAAUAUGCCUUUUAAUCAAGAACCACAAUUAAAUAAAAGAGAAUCAAUUGACUCUCAAGUUUAUAAUCCCGUUACCCCUCCUCCAAUUUCAGCAAUGCCACACCAAAAUACAUUUACACCUCCCCAACCAUAUUCUCAAAACAAAAUGGGAUUCGCACCCCCCACAGGUGUAAAAACAACAUCCCCAGUCGCGGGCGCAAUGUCCAUAACUCCAGGAAUGCCAGUGCCAUGGCCAAUACCAACAACAACCCAACAGCUUGGCUCAACGACCCAAUCAACAGCAAGUGAAAAUAAAAAAAUUCAAACCGUGACAAAAGAACAAAAUGGGGUAUUAAUGAAUAGAAAUAAUAUAGAACAUAUUAAAAAAGUUAUAUCUAACUUAUUAAAUGUAUAUAUAGCCCAAGAGCCAAUUAAAAAGAAAGCUGAUGAUAUUUCAAUAAAAGUAAAUGAACUAUUUGACAAAAUUUAUAAUGGUGCAUUCAGCGAGCAAAUUAAUAAUAUACUAAUAAGUUUGGCUAAUAGUAUAAAUGAUAAUGAUUUUAAAAUGGCUAACAAAAAUCUGAUGGACAUCAGCAGAAACUUAUGGGAUGGAAACAAUAAGGCAUGGAUCAUGGGCUUAAAGUGCAUUAUCCCCAAAUGCUAG